AUGGCAGUGACACCGGUGACGACAGCGUCAACUGCUAAAAAGGAUUGCCGAUCAAAUGAAGUGGAUAGCAGGGGCUUUACCGCUGUUAGUCGGCUUGAAGUACGCUCGUGGGACAAGCUUCACCCACAUGGAGACGUGUAUAGUCCGCGUACGGGUCAUACUGUCACCAGCAAGGAUGGUCGAGUUUAUGUUUUUGGUGGCACCGAUCGUAGACGUCGGCAACAAGAUUUGUACCAACUGAAUCUCGAUUCGAGUAUGUGGUCCCAGGUGCAAACACGCGGUGCGCUGCCACCUAGGCGUUCUGGGGCAUUAGGUGUCGUCCACAAAAGCAAUAUGUUUAUCUUCGGAGGCUACGACGGUCGUGAUGGCAACUACUUCAACGAUCUGUAUUACUUUAACUUUGAUGAACAGAGAUGGAACCAGAUGCCGAGUAUCGUGGAGAACCGGCCUGAAGCCCGAACUGAUCACAUCAUGGUGUUGCAUUCGUCUAGUAUAUAUAUCUUUGGAGGCUACAAUGGAUCGAGCCGGUUCAAUGACCUUUGUGGUUACGACAUAUGUGAACAACGUUGGAGCCGAAUGGAUGCUCAAGGUGCUGUCCCGUCUAGGCGCUUCGGCCACAGUGGUGUUGUACACUCAGAUACGAACCGUCUGAUCGUUUUUGGAGGCUGGGAUGGACGCGAUACAUUGAAUGAUUUGUUCGAGUAUAGCUUCGUCACGAAUAUAUGGAACAAAAUGGAGACAAGAGGAAUUUGUCCUCCACACAGAUACCGCCAUACAGCCGUAAUUUUUGGAGAUAAUAUGUUUGUGUUUGGAGGUGUUGACAAGACGCACAGUCGUUUCAAUGAUUUACAACGACUCGACCUGUCCACCAACACGUGGAGCGAGGUAUGUACUACAGGAAGUAUACCAAGCAGCCGCACAUUUCACCGGGCUGUGGUGGUCGACAGCAAAAUGUAUCUAUUAGGAGGAUACGACGGAACAGAUCGACUGCAGGAUUUAUAUUCGAUUGAUAUCGGAGCGUUAACUCCCCCGUCACUGCUGAACAUUUGUGCCGACUACAUUCGGACGAAUCUAGAUAGUGUGCUGGAAACAACGACUUUUAAAGGUGUUCCACGCGACGUUAUCGAGCAUGUCGUUUUCAAACGUGACCUUGAAGGUCGUCUUCGAGGGAACUGCAAACUUUGCCGACCAGGUAAAUGCUGCGUCUACAGAAUACGGGAUUCGGAACCUUGCCCAGAAUCUAAGCAAGACUCAAAACGAACCAGCCAUUUAAGUUGUAUUUGCGGGCAUUCAACAUUUCACCAUGAGGUGGUUGAAGAAACUAAGCUCUACGGAAAGAAAUUGACAGGGUCGACUUCCACAAAAGUUCUCAUGCUUUGCGGAACUAUAUACAAGCGAUUAUUUGACUCGACGUCGUCUAAUUCGUCUACUUUAUCGCUUCUUUCUUCCCCUCGUAGUCGUUUCUCUAGUGACAGCACUAACAAUGAGAAAGAAUGUUUAGCUUAG